AUGGGUCUCUCUCAAUUGUCCUCGUUGACUUUUUCUGGUAACAAAAUCACUCACAUACUGGAUGGGACUUUCGAUGGGCUGCCUGAACUGGAAAUCUUGGACUUGACUCAGAAUCGCAUUACGGCAAUAAAUUUGACAACAUUUUCUGGUCUAGGACAGCUGGACAUAUUAAUGCUGCAAGGAAACCAGAUAGUCACCAUUGUUCCUGGAUCUUUUGCAACCACUAGCAUAUUACGAGAGCUUUAUUUGAACCAAAACAAUAUAGUUGAAAUUAAACCAAAUACUUUCAAAGGUCUCUCUGAACUCGAACUAUUAAACAUAUCAUCCAAUGGGAUUACCUACUUGCCAGAAGGGGUUUUCAAUGGGCUGAUUAAAUUGAAAGAGUUGCGCCUUGAUGGAAAUCGCAUUUCUACAAUAAAUCUGACAACAUUUUCCGAUCUUACGCAGUUAGUUUAUUUAAGCUUGAAGAGCAAUGAGAUAUCCACAAUCUUUCCUGGAUCCUUUGCAAACGCCGGCCAUCUGCGAACACUUCGGCUGAGCCACAACAAGAUAGUGGAAAUCACACCUAAUACUUUCGAAGGUCUCUCUCAACUGAUUCUGUUGAAUAUGUCUCAUAAUGAGAUUAUCGACGUACCGAGACUGGCGUUCAACGGACUGCCGAGUUUGCGUGAGUUAUUCCUGGAGGGAAAUCGUAUUACGGAAAUAAAUUGGAACAUGUUUUCCGGACUUCGGCUGCUAACCGUGUUGAACCUGCGAAAGAACGAGAUAUCCACCAUAGAACCGGGGUCGUUCGCUUCCCUCGUCAAUUUGAGGACACUUUGGUUAGCCGACAACAAGAUGAAGGAACUCAAACCCCGCACAUUCCAGGGUUUGACUAAUCUCAAGUUUCUACACCUCUUCCCCGCUCAUUCUUUAGUCGUUCAACUAAAUACGUUUAGCGACUUGCCUACAUCUGUUAAAAUAAUGAUGUAA